GUUGAAGUCUUGCAGUUGAGUCGAUAGCACUGACUACAAGAAUACACUUUCGUUUUCUUUACUUUCGUUUACUUCAGUUUAAUUCCAAUUUUCAGAGAAAUAAUCAAUCAUCUGCGAUGAAAUUGAUAUUUCUUGCUCUAAGUGCACUUUGCAUUGGUGCACUGGCCACGAAACCGCCAAGAUGGGAUCCAGUCUACACAGUUAAAGGUGUACUCUACAUCCCGUAUGCGGAGAUUGAGGAACCGUUUGAAGCCUGGUUUGAUAAAAACACAAAUCGUUCGCGUAUUGACUAUUAUGGUGGGACUGUAAAAACAUAUCAAUUGAGCCGCGAUGGGGAAUUUGGUACAUCAUUGAAAGUAGCACCAGUCACCACUGACGAAAAUCCAAAUGUAAUUACCUGUUUGCAAGUCAACGGAACCAGCGAAAAUCGCGUCGAACCACAGUCUAUUUUACCUGACUGUCGUCAAUUCAAGUUGGAAGCUACCGAGGAUUUGCUUGGAUGGAAAUGCGAUAAAUUCGUAUUCGAAGAGGCAAUCGGCCAGAAGACAAACAAGUAUGCAAUGUGGGUGCGGUACGUAAAAUCGCCAAAAUAUCCUGCUUCACGUCAACCAAUACCAGUCCGUUAUGAAAUGCGAGGCUAUAACACCCUAUUGGGCUCACAUUACGAUCAUUAUCGCUUGGACUACGACUCUUAUGCCCACGAUGAUAUUCCAGAUGAAAUCUUCGAAGUUGAUGAAUCAAAACCAUGCAUUGGCUUCCCAGGACCAGGCAAUGGACACUAUGCCACAUUCAAUCCAAUGAAGGAAUUUGUUCACCCAGUUGAUUCAUCACAUGUUGACAUGGAACAUAUGCGUUUCAUGAAAAAACAUGGUGUUGUAUACGCAACAACAGAUGAACAAAUGUUCCGCAAAAAUGUAUUCAUGCAAAAUUUGCGUUUCAUUCACUCAAAGAAUCGUGAACGAUUGUCCUUCAGUUUGGGCGUAAACCAUUUGGCCGACCGCACCCAAGAUGAAUUGAAAGCAUUGCGUGGAUAUAAGAAAACAGUUGUGGCUAAUAACGGUGGCAAACCAUUCCCUUACACAUUGGAUUCAGAGACAUUGGAAGAUUUACCUGAUGAACAUGAUUGGCGGUUGUAUGGAGCCGUAACACCAGUAAAGGAUCAAUCGGUUUGUGGAAGCUGUUGGUCAUUCGGAACCACCGGAGCUAUUGAAGGCGCUCUAUUCUUGAACAAUGGUGGCAACUUGAUUCGUGUUUCACAACAAGCUUUAGUUGAUUGCUCAUGGGGAUAUGGAAAUAAUGGCUGUGACGGUGGUGAAGAUUUCCGUGCUUAUAAAUGGAUGAUGAACAACGGUGGUAUUCCAACCGAAGAAUCGUACGGCGGCUACAAAGGACAAGAUGGCUUCUGCCAUGUCAACGACAAAAAUGUAACACUUGUCGCCCAAAUUACUGGAUGGGUUAACGUAACCACUGGCAGCCCCGAUGCAUUGAAAGUAGCUUUACUUAAACAUGGCCCAAUCUCAGUCGCAAUAGACGCUUCACACAAAACAUUCAGUUUCUACUCGCAUGGUGUUUACUUUGAACCAAAAUGUGGAAACAAGGAAGACGAAUUAGACCACGCUGUUUUAGUCGUGGGAUAUGGAACGAUGAAUGGAGAACUAUACUGGCUUGUGAAGAACAGCUGGUCUAACUUAUGGGCUAACGAUGGUUAUAUUUUGAUGGCAGCUCGUGAAAACAAUUGUGGCGUUCUCACCUCACCAACCUACGUUACUUUUUAAGCCAUUUUUCAAUGUUUAAUUCAGAAAAUAGUAAUCAAUAAUUUGAAAAAAAAAAAUCAGUUUCAUUUUAAACAAGAAAAUAUAUAGUAAAAACACUUAGUUUUUUCAAGCUAUUUUGAAAGCCAUAAAUUGUUUAUUUUGAUACCACAAUUGAUAAAUAAAUUUUCAGAAAUAUUUUUAAA